UCUCAAGCCACCUGUGACAUCAAGAUCAAGAUUAAGACACCAUCAAAACACGAGGCCCUGGAGGGAAGACUCUGUAGCCGGGUGUUUAUAAGGACUUUCAGGGCAUUAGGAGAGACUGCAAUGGGGAGAAAAGGAAGAAAGUCACGCGGGAGGAACAAUGGAGGGAGUAGAGUGGAGCGACCUAAGAAGGAGCGGCCCACAGGAACAAGCUACGAAGAAGUCGUUCGUGAAAAUAAGAACUUUGAAACAUUCUAUAAGGCUCAGAAGAUUGUACCUGAAGAGGAAUGGGAUGAAUUUCUAACCCGCAUGAAGGAGAACCUGCCAGCCGCCUUCCGCCUCACAGGGACCAAGAACAUGGCCUGCGCGCUGCUCCGAGUUUUGAAGGAGACAUUUUUUGAGCCCCUGUCACAGAUCACUCCGCCAGAACUCACGCCAGAGGAACAGGAGGCCGGGGAAGAGCCAGUGAAGCCCCUGAAGCCCUUGUGCCUGCCAUGGUAUCCCGACAACCUGGCAUGGCAGCUCAACCUAACCAGGAAGGACAUUCGCCGCUGUGAGGCAUACUGGCAGCUGCAUCAGUUCCUCAUCUCGGAAACAGAGACUGGCAACAUCUCACGUCAGGAAGCAGUGAGCAUGAUCCCACCGGUUGUCCUGGACGUCCAACCCCACCACAAGGUGCUAGACAUGUGUGCAGCGCCGGGCAGCAAGACCGCUCAGCUCAUCGAGUUUCUUCACGGCUCAAAUGACGACCUCCUAGCGGCCAUUCCUGAAGGCAUUGUUGUCGCUAACGAUGCCGACAACAAACGGUGCUACAUGCUCACCCAUCAGGCCAAGCGGUUACAGAGCCCGGCCAUCAUCAUCACCAACCAUGACGCUGCCUUCAUGCCUAACAUCCACCACACUCGGAAAGACGGGAGCGUUGGGCCUAUUAAGUUUGACCGCAUCCUCUGUGACGUCCCUUGCUCUGGAGACGGUACACUGAGGAAAAAUUUUGAUGUCUGGGCCAAGUGGAACCCUGUCAAUGGAGCCAAUCUACAUGGCCUGCAGUUGAGAAUAGCACGUCGGGGAGUUGAGAUGUUGGCCGUUGGUGGGCGUCUUGUGUACUCCACAUGCUCGCUAAACCCACUGGAGAAUGAAGCCGUGAUCCAAAGGUUAUUAAUAGAGGCUGACGGCUCCCUGCAGUUGCUUGAUAUGUCCAAUCAUUUGCCUGGGCUGAAGUUCAUGCCCGGCUUGGAGGACUGGAUGCUCAUGAACCGGGAAAUGGAAGUGAUCAACUCUGCUGCCGAGAUUCCUGUGAAGAACACAAAUCUGUUUAACAAGCAUCUCUUCCCACCGUCGCCAGAAGUGAAAGAAAACCUAAACUUAAAGAGGUGCAUAAGGAUCUUGCCGCACCAUCAAGACACUGGAGGGUUCUUUGUUGCAGUGCUUGAGAAGACGAAGCCUCUGCCGGGUGAAAAGAUCUACAAAGACUCGGAAGGAGAAAGCCCGCUCCUGUCAGGCACAGCAACGCAGAGAACUAGACAACCCCCCAAGAAGAAGCGUCGUCAGGGCUUCAGGGAGGAGCCAUACUACUACUUCGAGGAGGACGAGGUGGUGUGGCCAGGUAUUGAUUCCUUCUACGAGAUGAGCAAGGAUGCGACCUCUGGCCUCUUCCUCACCCGGACCAAGGACGGGAAGAAGAGGAACAUCUACUUCACCAACAAGUGUAUCAAGGAUGUGGUGGCGCAGAAUCAGGACCAUAUCAAGAUCAUCAACACAGGCGUCAAAGUCUUGGUCAGAAGCGACAACAAGGGUUCUCCAUGUGACUUCAGACUCGCUCAAGAUGGUUCCAGGGUGUUGCUACCUUUAAUCAACAAGCGCAAGAUCUCUGUGACCAAGAACGACCUGGUCAUCAUGCUUCAGAACGAUGACAUGGAAAUGCCUCCGGAAAUUGCAACCCUUGACCCCAACACACAAGAGCAAUGUAAAGAGCACUGCACAGGGGCCAUAGCAUUCCUGUACAAAGAUGAUGGUGUGAAAAUAGAGCUGGUCGGAUGGAAGGGCAACAAGUCAGUCAGGGCCUACGUGGCGAAGAAUGACCGUAUCCAUUAUCUAAGACUGCUGGGUGCUGAUACCUCCAAGUACGAGAAGAAUAAAUUUGCCGAGCAGAGAAAUAUUGAUGCUAUGAACAGUGCAGAGAAAGAGUCAGCCCAGGAGGACACAUCUGUUGAUACAAUUAGUGAAAAUGGAAACCUCACUAGUCAGGCUGAAGCAGAGACUUGUGAUAAUAGUGAAAACAAGUGAAGCAUAAAUUCAAGGGAUAAUCAGGCCAUUUGGAUUAUUUUCUGAAAGCCUAAAGAUUCAGUUUUUAAAGCCUUCAAGAUAGCUGCACCUUUCGAGUUUAGUCUCACAGCAUUUUCAGCAACAAUACGUAAAUUAAUUUCACAAUAUUCCAUGUCAAAACCCCAAUGCUCACAACUGAGACUGAUCAUUUGUUUUUAACUAUUUAAAUGAAUUGUAUGUGUGUUUAUUUACUGGUAUGAUCUCUUACAGUGGUGUGUCAAGCAUGAAAAGUUUACAUUGAGCAAAAUAUAAAUAUAUUUUUUACAUGUCUGAUUUGUAAUUGAGGGUAUGGGAUGCUGAAUAAAUUUUUUAGACAUA